AUGUCAGGCGCCAUUGUUAUUGCAGCGUCAAGCUCAUGGGCAAGAGCCCUUGUAAAGAUCUCCCCUUAUACUUUCUCUGCCAUCGGUAUCGCCGUCGCUAUCGGCGUCUCCGUCCUAGGCGCCGCCUGUGUCAUAUUCUGUGAAGCUGUUGCUAUAUAUGGUGUCAUUGUAGCCAUUAUCCUACAAACAAAAUUGGAAAGUGUUCCUUCUUCAAAAAUAUACGAACCUGAGUCUCUUAGAGCAGGAUAUGCAAUCUUUGCCUCUGGAAUCAUAGUGGGUUUUGCAAAUCUUGUAUGUGGGCUAUGUGUGGGAAUCAUAGGAAGUAGUUGUGCCUUAUCUGAUGCACAAAACUCUUCGCUUUUUGUGAAAAUUCUUGUGAUUGAAAUCUUUGGAAGUGCAUUGGGGUUGUUUGGUGUGAUUGUGGGAAUAAUAAUGUCAGCUCAAGCCACGUGGCCUUCAAAAGUUUGA